AUGGCUUACUUGUUGGUGUUUUCAAUAUGCUUGGCCCUACUGUUGGCAUCGAUUUCCUUGUAUCGGUAUGGAUGUAUCCAGCGACAGCACCCAGUUGUGACUUUCUCGGUUCUUACAGCAUGGAGCUUUUCCUUCCUGAUUGUAUUCACCAUUCCAUUAGAUGUAACUUCGACCGUAUACCGGAACUGCAUUCUGGAACACAAUGAAACCUGGAAAACGGCACCGGCUGGCGCCAGUAGCAACAGCUCCUGCCAGCGUCCCUGGGGGAUGGUCGAAGAAGCGGUCUUUCCGAAUCUCUGGCGAAUAAUCUACUGGUCUUCGCAGUUUCUCACCUGGUUGAUAAUGCCUCUGAUGCAGUCCUAUCUGAAGGCGGGAGAUUUCACCAUCAAAGGCAAACUCAAGUCCGCCCUGGUGGACAAUGCCAUCUACUAUGGGUCCUAUCUGUUCAUAUGUGGUAUAUUGCUCAUUUACUUGGCACUGCAACCUGGAAUAUCAUUAGACUGGCAAAAAUUGAAAGCCAUCGCGUCGUCCGCUUCAAACACGUGGGGUCUGUUUCUGCUGGUUCUAUUGCUGGGCUACGCUCUAGUAGAGGUCCCUCGAGGACUGUGGAACAACUCGAAACCAGGCUUUACUUUACAAUACGCCUACUUCAAGCUAUCUAAACUAAGCUCAGAAAAGGCGGAAGCAGAAGAACACGUAGAUGAUGUAUUGGAAAGUCUACAGUCGGCUUGUCGAGCGGUUCCAACCAGACACGAACUACGGCCAGCAUUGGAAACCAUCAUACGCAAGGUACCGACCGAGCUAAUGGAACGUGCUCGCCGUAUCAGCCGGGACGAUGGAUCUCCUGUAGCCGUCCCAUCGGAGAAGGCAUUGGUCCGCCUACAUCGUCAAGUGAUCAAGUCUCUGCAAACACUUCAGAGAACUGAAGCUCUUUGGAAUGUUCAAGUGAACAAAGUACUCCAUCUGGAAGACGUCGCUAAGAAUGCUGUUUCGCUCGAUCAUAGAUUCAAAACCGAAUUCCCUAAACAUCGAGCCGGAUUCAACCGAGCAAUGUACAACCCUACUUUGGAGUGGUACUGGGAAUGCGUCGUCAAGGCUCCUUUCCUGAAGGCACUUGCCGUGAUCACUGCGUUCCUUUCAUUCGUCGUCGUCUGGAGUGAAUUGACCUUCUUCAACCGCGAACCCGUCCUUUCAAUUUUUGCCAACGUUUUGGAUAUAGCCAAACGCAACUACGAUUUCGUUACCAUUGAGGUUUUCUCCAUGAUGACACUGUGUUACCUUUGCUACUGCGCGUAUUCAACGGUUUUCCGGAUCAAGUUUUUGAACUUGUAUUAUCUGGCAGCUCAUCAUCAAACAAACGAGUACAGUUUGAUUUUCAGCGGAAUGCUACUCUGCCGUCUGACACCGCCCAUGUGCUUGAACUUCCUCGGCAUGAUCCACAUGGACUCCCAUAUCAUAAAGGAACGAAUCCUGGAAACACACUACACUCAGAUAAUGGGUCACAUGGACGUGCUAGGAAUCAUAUCCGACGGGUUCAACAUCUAUUUCCCGAUGGUGAUGCUAGCCUUUUGUCUGGCCACAUGGUUUUCGCUGGGAAGCCGCGCCCUGAAUGCGCUCGGGUUCCAGCAGUUCAUGCUGAAUGAAACCAUUGCCACGGAAUUGGUGCAGGAGGGUAAGGAUUUGAUUGUGCGUGAGAAACGCAAGCGCCAGAGAGCGGAGGAUGCGAUCGCACGGCGUCGGGAUAAUAUUCUGAGUAACCUUGGACGGGACUCCGCCAGCGGAAGCAGCGGAAACAAUGGCAACGGAAAUGGCGGAGUUGGUAACAUUUUGUCGAAGUAUAAAUCCAGGAACCUGGACUCCGUUGCCAGUUCUGUGGGACCGGGUGACGACCUGGUGCGGCAUGGCGAUCGUUUGGACUAUAGCACAAAUGGUAGCCGGAAUGGAGAGUUUCCUCGGUCACUGUCGGACGAGAUAAAUGAAAGGUUUGGGGUAAGUACGAAUGUUACGGUUGGCUUUAAAGGUUACAAUGACUUUGGUGAAGACGAUGAAGGUCGAGGAGGAAGAGGGGGUAGCGGAGGCGGAGGAGCUCCCCGAGGUUUCUUCGACGAUGUAUAAGCAGGGAAGUAUUACGAAGGAGUGCAUUUUAUGUAGGUUUACUUUUGCGGUGAUACUAAGUUUAAUUUGUUAGUGAUUACAACUUAUCGUUUUCGAUGUAUAAAUAAUAUAUGAACAGAAGGGUAAUCUCUAGGAAAAAAAUUAUAAAACUCCUAAAAUUGCUGGCAGAAGAAUCGAAAUCACUAGAAUGCUAAUGUCGCUGUUUCGGCCGUACUAAAAUAUUUGGAUUUACAUCACAGGAAACUGUUUGCGUUAGGGACGUGUAUCAAUUAUUAAAUGCAUUGCCAUGUUUAGAUAAUUGAUUAUAUUUAUCAUAGCGGCAUUAGCAUUCUUGUUCUUUCGAUUAUACCUAUCAUUGUACUGUGCAUAGUUAGGAUCACUCCCUUAGCUCAGAUAAUAUCCGCAAUAUGGGAUGCUGUUCAAUAUAUGAACGUGUGAGAUAUGUUAGUUAAGGACCAGUUGAUGAACAGAUUGAGAAAGCUUUCCAUAAUGUAGGUUCACCCAUGUAUCUAUUUGUAGCUGUAAAACAGUGGCCACUAAUAUAUUAAAUGCAAAAGACACUCAAAAACAAAAUACUACAAGGAAGUCCCGUUACGACACGUGAUAAUUGGCCAUUUUAACCCCCUUGUCCCUUAAAUAGCGUGAAGUACUUGAUGGACGUUCCCAAGAACAUCGGCAUUGAGCUGCAUAUAUAUAACGCUGAAUUAGCACCUUCUACACGCAUAGUUUACAAAUUUAAGCUUGAGUUUCACAAAAAAAAAAUUAAAAGCGAAACAUGUAGUUAUUAUUAACCCUUAUAGAAAGUAAUGUACUAUGGCUACCAAAUUAGUAUGAACGGUAAACGAAAUAAAAUGCUAACAAGGGAG